AAAUUUUUGACUGUGAAAAAACCCUUGAAAGGCUAAAAAAUGGAAUAAACAAUCAGAAAAAGGAAAAUACGUUGUUCAGGUCUGAUAGAAACAUUUGAUAGUUUGUUGUUUUGCUGGGCAGUUGAUUGAAGAAUUUGUCAAUGACUUCCACUGUUGUUUGUUGUCUUAGCUUGGGAAUUCUCCAGUUCAGUGAAAGUUGCUGUAUCAGUACUUAUCAGGAUGACAGCAAGAGAUUUUCCUGAGAUGAAGGAAAACAGAUGUAAAGUUCAACUAUAUCUAAGGCAAUAAUAAAGAUGGCAGAGAGGAGUUUUGUGAUUUUGUACACAAAUCAGAAAACAAAGAAAGCCAAGACUUGGCAUGAUGGCACUCUGAGAUUUUCUGGCAAUGGAACAAGGGGUGUUCUUUAUGACGACAAGAGUAGCAGAAUCGACACAAUUCAUGUGAGGUCAGAGGAUAUCGUGCUGGGUGAACAACUAGAGAGUGAUCGACACUACAUCUUGAUAGAGGAGGAGUCUAAAGCUGGUGUGACCAAUCAGAACGAUGCUCCUAAAGAUCAACCAGCCGCUGGACCAAUCAGAAGAGGGGGAAAUAAAUCUCAGAUCAGGACAGGUCUCAAGAAGGGCCGUGGAGGCUUUGUUCCUCCAAGGCUUGUUGCACCAAAAGACCCAGAACCUCCAAAUCACCACACAGCUAACACAAACUGUGGAGAGACAAAGGUUCACAGUCCAGUCAGAAACUCUAAUCAUUAUGCAUCAUUUCAAAGAAGAUACAACAUUUUAAAUCAAGUUAGUCCCAAAAGAACUUUGUCAGACUUAAACAAAUCAGAGAUGUCAGCAACAAGUCCCCUGAUCCUUAACAGUGGACCCCAAAUCUCACCAGAUAGAGUAUUCUACAGAGAGAAUUCCUCACCUCUGAUUGGUCUGCUAAACAAAAGGUCCCUGACAACAUCUCCAUGGAGCACAAUUGGAUCUAGCCAAUCACCAGGCAGCUCAAAAUUAGAUUCUCAGCUAGAUACAGACAUUCAAGAACCAGAAACAAAGCCCUCCAAUCAUUUUGUCAAAAAGCAGAUAGUUCAAAACACAAUGCAAGAAAACUCCUUUACUUCACAUCAGAAGAGAAGUACUACACAAAUUUUAGCUCUUCUAUCCAAGACAUCUUGCAAAUCUCAUAUUGCAGAAGGCACCUUGUGUAAUAAAGAUUCACAUAUGUCAAAAUCCUCCCCCCAGAAUAGACUUUUCAGUACAUGUACUGAUAAACGGAAAUGUUCAUUCGAUACGAGUCCUUCAAUUCGGCCUUUGGCUGAGGUGAAAGGGGAACAACUGUUACAGUGGAACCAACAACAAGGAGGGUUACCUGGCACACCAGGCAUCACUAACCUAAGCAUUGACCGUGAGCAGUCAUACUCCUCACAAAGAUCAUAUCACAACAGUGGGUCAUUCAUUGCUGAUUCUAAAAACCAACCAGAUGACAGUCAUUACGACCUGAUAUCAACACCAAGUAUGGUGACUUAUAUGGAGUCUGGGAGAUCCAUAUCAUUGAAUAAUAGUCCUGACUGUCAGCCAGAAAGUAGAAUGGAGGGUAAACCUCAACAUAUUGUGUGCAGUGAUCCUGAACAAAUUACAAUGAGUGACACUUUGCAAGUAAAAAGUGAAUCUCUGCAGGUUAUACAAAGAGAACCUCUGCAAGUAGUAGAAAGUGAACCUCAGCACACUUUGGUAAGUGAACUUGAACCCAUUGUAAAAGAGUGUCAUCCAAGAGUGCAUAAUAAACCUCAGUAUAAAGUAACAAGUGAGCAUCAGUUAAAUGCUUUGGAUGAAUGCCCAGACAAUCUUACAAGUAACAUUGUUAAUGAAAAAGAUUCUGCUGUCUCAGUGCAUGAAGUAAAUACACAAGCAGAAUUGACAGAAGUUGAAUCACCUCAGAGAGAUGUCAGUCUCCACAAGGAAGAGAUUUCUAGGCAGUGUAAUGAGAGUUCUAGUCAGCGUAUUGACACACAGAUGGAGAGUGAGGAGGAUUUAGGGGAGGAGGGAGAAGAGGAUGAGAUGGACGGUCAGGGAGGGGCCUCGUUUGCCAUAUCUUUCUCCCCGUUGUCUGUGAUACCUUCAGACUCAGACAGUGACCGUGAGGAACCACUGUGUAGCAGAGAAAACACCCAACAGCAGGAGGAACAAGACUACAGCAACAUUCAGAGGCCUGGCAUGUCAGCAGAGGUAUCAGGCUCACUGACAUUGGAAGGGAAGAUAAUGGUUAAUAGAGAAGGUUCAGGUGAAACAGAGGUGAUUCAGGAUGAUGUGGCACUGCAGAAAGAAAGUCAACAUAUGGAAGUAGGAGAGGACAGAAACAUGCCUACCUGCCAGACUGAUGCCAAAGAUGAGAACAGUAUUCAAGAGAAGGAAGGUAUCAAUUGUAAAACUGGGGAUGAAGUCAGUUGUUGUUUGGAUUCAAGUCAAUCACCUGACACAAUUGUAAAUGAAUAUAGAGAAAAACAAAGAAGGAAAGAAGAGGAGGGAAAAAACAUAAGGCAGGAGGGAAUGUCUCAGAAGAAGUUAACUGGCCAGAAAGAUUCAGAGGGGUUUUCUCAAAAGUCACUAGGAUGUCUAGAAUUGAGCCCAGAUUCACCAGGAUGUUUAUUCAAAAGUUCUCAAACAAAUUCUAACUGGAUAUCACAAAAUGCCAAUUUGAUGAUGAAUUCAUCAGAUAUACAAGUAGGAAAUGUUAAAUUGCCUGUGUUUGAAACCAGCUGGUCUGAAGAUGAUUCCAUGUUUGAUACAUCUCCUUUGAAACUGCACAGACAGCAACAACAGGAAAACAAAGGUGACUCUGCACAGUCAAGUUUUAAUUCUUUGAAAUGUUCUGAAAAAUGUGAUUCAGGGGACAGUACUCAGAUGGAGGGCAAGCCACAUAGAGUAGAAUGUAGUAGUAUGGAACAUGUUGAAGAGGAAAAUGUAUUUAAAAAUCGACAUUUCCAUCGUUAUGAUCAGUUCAAAUCAAAACAAGAGUCUGACCAGCCAUGGGUCAAUGAGGAGACAGAUUCCUACAGUGUCACAUCAGACGUGAUGUUAGCUGUAGGGGGCCACACAGAAAUUAACUGUGCGCCGAAAUUACUGAAUUCCGUGACUUGGAGAAAUUAUGUGCCAAAGACAGAACCAUCUUACUCUCUCAGUGAUCUUCCUCACCCAUCAGAACUCAUCAAAAGUCCUCGGAAAACAGAAGAGAAGGAUCUCUCUGAGAAGAUUUCUGAGAGACUGGGUUCAUACAGAAUGAGAGGCAGUGUCAGUGGUAUGGGUGCUCAGAGACAAUCUCAACGGACAGGCUUUGAUACUAAGACUGGACCAAACAUCACCUUAAGUCAAGUAAGACGUGGCCUCAAAGCUGAGAAAAUAGAAUUUCAAUCAGAGGAAGCUGUCCGUGGGGAUUGGAUUGACAAGUUACAAGUUGACCACAAAAAUAAAGAGAAUCUGUCACAAAUUGGGAGUUCAAUGAAUACUGCUAAACCUUCUUAUGUGAAAAGAAACUAUCCCAAUCACAACAACUUUCGAAAGCAUUGCAUUAGGAAUGAUGAGUCCACAACAAGAUUAUGUCCUCAGAUUGGUAUGAUGUCAACCAACAGCCCUGGCAUGCUGCUGGAAACAGAAGAAGAGGUGCUGAACAAUAUAAGUAACAAUAACAGCUUUAUCACAUCAGGAUCUGUCACGGUAUUUAACUCACAUGAUGAAGAGAUCUGUAAGGACAGUGUAUAUGGAAUGUCCAGGAGAAUGUUCUCUCCUGAUGUGGAGUCAGCCAGGGACCCUCCUAAGAUAGCCCUGAGAAGCCAGCCAUUUGGCGAUCAGCAGUGUCAAGAGUUACAGUCCCACUCUGUCAGAGAUACAGAGUAUGGAUCAGUGAGGGACCCUGGUAAGAUAGCCCUGGGGAGCCAGCCAUUUGAUGAUCAGUGUCAAGAGUUACAGUCCCACUCUGUCAGAGAUACAGAGUAUGGAUCAGUGAGGGACCCUGGUAAGAUAGCCCUCGGGAGACAGCCAUUUGAUGAUCAGUCUCAAGAUUCCCCGUCAUACUCUGUCAGAAAUACAGAGUAUGGAUCAGUGAAUUCAUCAGGACAAGAGUUAGAUACCAAUCUUAAAGACCUCAACAGAGAUGAUUCCAUCGAAAAUGCAGAAUCUGUUGUGUCCAAGUGGGGGAAGUUUAUGCCUAUGGAUGAGGAGGAAGAAGACCUGGAUUAUUUGAACUGUUCUUAUGACUUUAACACGUCUUCAGGAAAGAUAAAUUCAGAGCCACAAAGACGUAAUCAUAACGUGGCCACAAGUCAUAUGGCAGCUGCAUCUGAUCAAUCUUCCCAACUGGGCUGUUUCAGGAGCACUGCAUUGAACACACCUACACUGAGAGGAAAUGCAGACACUGUCACAUCUUUUAAUGAUACAGAGUGUAUCAGAAAAAGUAGAAAGUUCUGCUUCAAAGGCAGGCAACAUUCAUUUACUGAUGAUAAUAAUGACAGUAUGCUUUAUGAAAGUAAUCAAGCUACUGCCAAAAAUGCUAUAAUACAAAGAAAUAUGGAAAGUAAUUAUACACCAAUCAACAUAAUAGAUUCUUCUAGUUUAGAUGUCAACCAGAAAAGUUACUCCUCAAACCAUGGAAACUUAACAAGCUCCUCCAAUCAGUUUGUAGGAAUAUCCCCUAACCUUGACCUUAUAUGUCUUGGUUCCUCUCCAAGUUUGUAUGAUUCUCCAGAGCAGAAGUCAUACAGACAUAAUUCUCCAGCUAGCCUGUCACUCAAGUCAGUAGACAUAGAACUCACUAAACCCACCAGUCAGAAAGUGCCUGUUAGUGAGAACUCUAAAGUCAGUUCUGAAGUUAACUCCCCUAUGUUUGACUCUCCAGAGCAGAAAACCUACAGAUUUAAUUAUCCAGACAACCAAUCCCUCAAUUUAGAAGAAAAAGAACUCGCUAAAUCCACCAGACAGAAAGUGCCUGUUAGUGCAAGCUCCAUAGCCAGUUCUAAAUUUAACUCCCCUAUAGGCCAGAGAGUGCCAGAGACAGACAUUUCAGAUGGUUCAUCAGAUUCUGUGAUAUGUAUCAGUGCUGAGAGGCGAUUCAAUCCUCCAAUAUUCAACUCUACCUCCUCACCAAACAUCCUAAUUGGAUCAAAGAGAAGUUUAUGGGAUGACCUUCAGUUUGCCAGCCUGUUAGAAGUAGAGAACAACCCCACCCCAGUCAGGAAGAUCGUUCAGUACAUUGUCCAAUCAGUACAUUGUCCAAUACAAACAGAGGUUAGUUCAUUGUCCAAUACAAACAGAGGUCAGUUCAUUGUCCAAUACAAACAGAGGUUAGUUCAUUGUCCAAUACAAAUAGAGGUCAGUACAUUGUCCAAUACAAACAGAGGUCAGUCCAUUGUCCAAUACAAACAGUACAUUUUCCAAUACAAACAGGUCCUCAUAUCUGCCCUCAGAGGUCAGUACAUUGUCCAAUACAAACAUAUCUGCCCUCAGAGCUUGAUUUCAGUGAAGAACACCCAGUCCAGUCAGUCCAGGGAUACAGGAUCCCCCUUACCACCCUGUCACUGUGGGGUCUCCUCCAAACUGGUCCAGGUCAGGAAGGAGGGGCCCAACAAGGGGAGAUAUUUCUACUCCUGUCCCAACCCAGCCAGCCAGAGGUGUAAGUUUUUCCAAUGGGCCGACUCCAGUGGAAACAUAGGAUUACAUCACAUGGGCGGAGCUAAGGUUCGAUUGACAGAUGCUGGUAGUGUGACAUCAUAUUUCCGUCAACACCGUAUCAUGUUCUAUUGUCAGUGCCAGUACCUUCAGAAGUCGAUGGAAACCAUUCUGGCCCACUUCAAAAAUCCAUGGGCAAAGCAGAAGUAUCAGAGGGAAAACAAAAUGCAAAGAAAAUACUUCAUACGAUUAUCCAGAAAAGAUUCCUCAACACUUUAUUCCAAAGAUGAUUUGUGGAUAGUAUCUAGAGACCUGAAUUUUGAUUCUACUUGUACCUUUCUGGCCAAAAGCACGUACUAUGGACCAACAUCAGGGAAUGAAGUGGAGAUAGAACCAGUGUCCAAGUUUUCACCAUCCAACUGGAAAAAUGAAGCCUCUUGUCAUGCUGUGUUAGCUGGAAAUGUCAGUUCUGAGCUUAGUUACCUUGACAACAUACAGGACAAUGUACAACAGAGUUGUCUGCCCAUACUCAGCCAACUUCUCAGUGUGGACGGUGCUGAUGCUGGUAAGACCCACAAAGGAUUCCAGCCUCCCAGACUGAACCAUGGCAAAUCAGCCUCUAACAUUCACGUCCCUGUUUAUGCUAUGAAUGAGUUGGUUACUGAGUUUAUGAGGACCUACUCUCUGAACUCGGACCAGGGCUCAGCACUGAGGAGACUGGCAGCCAUGUUUUGUGAGGACAGUCACAGUGAUGUGUCCUCCCUUCUUCUUAUACACGGGGUGUUUGGGGCCGGGAAGAGCUUCCUGCUGUCUGUUAUGGUACGGUUCCUGGUCAGGGUGUUUGAAGUCAAUGGGAGCUACACCCCCGGGCUGCCUUACCCCUGGAAAAUCCUCAUCUCCUCCACAACAAAUGUCGCUGUAGACAGGGUCCUCAUGGGAUUACUUGAUAUUGGCUUUGAGGACUUUGUGAGAGUGGGAAGCAUGAAGAAGAUUGCUAAACCAGUGUUACCUUACAGUGUACAUGCCACUGGUACAGAGAGUCAGGAGCUGAAGGAUCUCCAGGAAAUGAUGAGAAGUGGUGACCUCAGUCCAUCAGAAAAACACAAUGUACGGCAAAGCAUAGAAAAACAUAAGCUUGGUGAAAAUAAGAAGAGGCUUGGUAAUGUUGCAGUGGUUGGAGUCACUUGUGCUUCAUGUGUUGCUCCCAGUCUCAAAGACCUAAAGUUUCCAGUGGUUAUAUUAGAUGAGUGCAGUCAGAUGACAGAACCUGCUUCUCUGUUCCCGAUGUCUAAGUUUGCUUGUGAAAAACUGGUACUUGUAGGAGAUCCUAAGCAAUUAGAUCCCACAAUUCAGGGUUCAGAGGCCAACCACUCAGAAGGCCUGGAGCAGACCAUGUUUGAUCGACUCAUCAAAAUGGGCCACAUUCCCACUCUGCUGAGAACACAAUACAGAUGUCACCCAGUCAUCAGUGACCUUGCCAACACUCUGUUUUAUCAAGGUCAGCUGCUGGACGGUGUCAAGGCCACAGACAGGGCACCUGUUUUGGAUAUUUUACCCACACUCUGUUUUUACAAUGUGUGUAAUGGACAAGAAGAUAAUGACUCCAGUGGAAGUUUUUCAAAUGAAAAGGAGGCAGAUUUUAUUGCAUUUAUGAUAGAGGCUUUAGUCAAUGCUGGGGUGGAUUCAACUUCUAUAGGGGUGAUUACACUCUAUAAAUCCCAGAUGUACAGCAUCAUAGCCAAGCUGGGCACCAGCAGAAACUGCAGUCAGAAUGAAACAAAGUCCAUCCUUGUUUCAACUGUAGAUGCUUUCCAGGGUGGUGAGAGGAAUAUCAUUUUCCUGUCUUGUGUACGCACCAACAACACUGGGUUUAUAGACAAUCACAAGAGAACUAAUGUUGCUUUGACAAGAGCCAGGCAUCAUCUUUUUAUUGUGGGACAUUUAAACAAUCUGGAGAAAAACCAACUCUGGGGGAAAGUUAUCUCCAUGUGUAGAGCUCGUAAAGAUGGGAUGCAGGAUUCUGAGGAGGCUCGUCACAGUUUGAGUUCUCUGUUAAACAGCUUGUCUCAGGGGUCCUCCUCCAGCCUACCUACCAGACAACCAAAGAGAAGCAGCAGGAAAAGGAAACAGCAGGAGGAAGAAGAAGAAAGUCCCCCAAUGUCACUAACAGGACAAACAGAUGAGUCUGUGGUCAGUGAGAGUCCUGUUGUAGUCAGUUCCUGUGAAACAACAGACGAAGUGUCAAGAAACAAGUGUAAGCGGCGGAGAGAACUGCCCCGCAUUGAUCCGUCACUUCUGGACAGCGACAAGGAAAACGAGGAGGAGGAGGAACUUCCCGUGUUUGACCUCUGACCUUUCUCUCCUGAUGAUUUUGAACUUAACAAUAUCAUUUAAACUAGGAUAUCAAUUUAUGAGAAACGGUUAUUAGAAAUGGUUAAAUAAGCUACUUCUUGAAAGGAAUUUCAUUUGCUUCCCUCUUUCAAA